GAUUUCUCUUUUCUUCUCCGCUCUUCUUCUUAUAGGGUGCAUUAUACCAUUCAGUUUUGUUUUAUAUACUCCCCUUUCCUUUCUUGGUGUCGCCGCUUCCUUUUCUGCGUGGAGUCUGUCAUCCCGCCUUGCUCUUUCAACCCGCCUGUCUCUCCGCUGCUGUUCAUUCCGAAAUGGCACCUCAUCGUCGCAAUAUAGGUGCGAGUCGCCGAAAAAGACGGGAGGACGAAGGCGAGGAUGAAGGCUCGUUGGAUGGUGAGAUGGAGGACGACUCUCUAAGCGAAGGCUCAAUCAUCAGCCAACAGGACGAAGACGACGCCGACGGAGAGGGGAGCGACGAGAGCGACGACGAAAAUAUACCGGUCGACCGUCCGGCCAGGCACGAGAUCAAUGGUCGUGUGCCUGAAGGUCCACAACGUCGUCACUCAAUGUCACCCAACAAGAUAUCGUUAGCGAAGACGAUGUCCGAUACAGAUGCAAUGAUGAACGGGCUAAAGGUUGCGGGGGACGCGAAAGGUGUUCCUGAAAUCAAUUUCGACGAGAUGGAAAGAGAACUCGGUCAGAUCGGAAGGGCGCCAUCGGCACCACCUGCUGAGGCGUCGACGGAAACGUUCACAGAAAAGAGACUUCCGGAGGCCGAAAAGCUCACAAGGGGGAAAUGUGAGGAUCCGACCGUUGUGCCUACACGCGGUAGUUUCUUCCUUCAUGACAAGCGUUCAACGGAAUCUGGAGCAAACAAUCACAGGCCGUCCGGGAAGUCGAAAUCAAGACCGUACGGCCUUAUUGUGGAUGGAAAUGUUCGGAGGAAACAAGACAUUACAACCGAAGGACCGUGGACCCAUGAUCUUCAUGAUACAGUUGCUGGAGACGACCCGCCGGCUACCAGGCGUCCUACAGCCUCAGCGGCCGGUUCGUCAUUUUCUCAUAAACAAUUACCUACGACUGUACCUACUGCGCCAAAUACUUCUACUCCCAACAGGACUUUCUCGACCACCCAGAUUACGGGGACAAUGCCUGUCGUGGUGUUCCUUCCAGGCAUGGAUAAACCGAUAUCUUUCCAAGCCGACAAGAAGCAUUAUACUCGGCUACCAGAGCAUCGACCCCCUCUGCGACGAGACAAACCCGUUAGAAUCUCAGUUCCUGGUCAAGCCCCUAGAUAUAUAUUUCCCGCCACGGAGCGAUCUUUUGUCUUUAUCCCACGGGCUCAACGGCCCAACCAGCAGGCUUAUCGUGGACGUGCCCGAGGAGGGUUCUAUCAAGGGCGCCGCCCAAGCUUCUAUGCAAGCUCGACAUAUACACCGAGCGUAGCAAUGAGCCGGAGGUCUUCAUUCGGCAAGCCUCCCUCACAUGAUGGGUAUCCUUCGCCAGCUGGGUCUGUCAUUUCGCGGCAUACAGUCGUUACGACCGAGAAUGGAAAACCAAUUGUUCGCUUGCCUCCUCCCCGAGUUCCCGGGGCCAAUCCGCCACCUGCCACAGCUUCAAUCCCUCCAAUCUACUCCCAACAGCCGCAGCACACUGUAUGGCGUGAGAAUCGCCCUGCCCCUAUCCCCAUGCAUCAGCCUCGCCCACAGAAGGCUGUUUCCUUGGCCGACAUUGAAACCCCGGCUAGUUUCGCCAAUUCCCCCCGGGCGCAGCAGGAGCAACCCUUUCAUUAUCAGGUCCCCGUGCCAAACAGCGGCCCUGUAUACGGCCCCGACGCCUCCACAAAUUAUGCCCUUUCGGCACAUACAACUGCAACUCCAUUGUCCCAAAUACCUGAACGUGCCGUUCAUGCUCCGCCGUUCCAUGCGUAUGGAUUCCAGCAACCUCAAACAUACUAUUCAAACCCGUACCCACCGGCUCCUGUAUAUUACUCUGUUUCGGGCACAGAAUAUGCACCUUAUAACGGCGUCGGGCCGGCGCCAGCGGCUCCUUUCCCUGCGGGACAAAACGUUCCGUAUAUUGUCCCAACACCAUCGGAGCAAACGUCACAAGCUGGUACGGUUGCACAUGAGUCUGGUGGCACGGUUUAUUAUCUGGACGCCUCACAAAUGUAUCCAGGACCAACGUUUGGCGGGAGCCCCGCGGGUGGAGCUGCCAACAUGGGAGGGAUUAUGACACCUGGUACGACAUAUUAUUACCCUCAGCCCCAGGGUGUAUACUUUGCGCCACAGUAA